AUGGCCACCCCACAGCUCACCGAGAGCACCAUCACAGUGGAAGGACAGACCCUGUUCUACCGCCAGGCUGAGCCAGCCCAGCCGGUGCCAAGGCUGACAGUGCUGCUGCUGCAUGGCAUCCGCUUCUCCUCCGACACCUGGCUGCAGCUGGGGACACUCGCCACGCUGGCUGAGUCCAUCCCAUCGACCUGCCGGUGCCCGUCCAUCGACCUGCCGGGACUGGGGCGCUCGAAGGACGCCAUGGCCCCAGUGCCCGUGGGCCAGCCAGCACCGGCAACAUUCCUGAAAGCGGUUUCGGAGGCUCUGUGUCUGGGACCGGCUGUGGUGAUCAGCCCAUCACUCAGUGGAAUGUACUCCCUGCCCUUCCUCUUAGAGCACAACCACCUGAUUAAGGCAUAUGUACCUGUAGCACCCAUCUGCACAGAGAAAUUCACGGCGGACCAGUAUGCCCAGAUCAAAACCUCCACGCUGAUCGUGUAUGGGGACCAGGAUGUGGAGCUGGGACAGACCAGCCUGAACAACCUGCGGCACCUCCCUGAGCACCAGGUGCUGAUGCUGCAGGGUGCUGGACACGCCUGCUACUUGGACAAGCCCAACGAGUGGCACCGUGGGCUCUUGGCCUUCCUGCAGCAGCUGAAGUGAGCAGGAUGGGACCACAGGGCAGGGGGAUAUGGCCAGCCCACCCACCCCUCUGCCUGCACAUACACCCUCAUGCCAGCCCAGCUGCUUGCCUGGCACCUGCACUGUGCUGGCCCAUGCCGGCACCCACCUCCCUUGGGACCAAAUAAACCCCCAAGCUCUGCCACU